AAAGCCUGAAAAUAUGAACAUUCAAGUGUGUUUUGGGCUUAAAAAAAACAGAACCAAAUAACUUCUUUCUUCAAGUUUACAAACUGUCUCUUCUCUGCCCCUCGUAGACGUUUCAGCGAGAACACAGUCGCUCAGAUGUGGUAUUUUGUCAAGUGCAUCUACUUCGGGCUGUCGGCCUACCAGAUCCGCUGCGGAUAUCCCACCCGAGUUUUGGGAAACUUCCUCACCAAGAGCUACAAUUAUGUCAACCUCUUCCUGUUUCAAGGUUUCCGCCUGGUGCCGUUUCUGACGGAGCUGCGGGCCGUGAUGGACUGGGUUUGGACCGACACUUCUCUGUCUCUGUCCAGCUGGAUCUGUGUGGAGGAUAUCUACGCUCACAUCUUCAUCCUCAAAUGCUGGAGAGAGUCUGAGAAGGUGUUUAUCAUUGCGGCAUCAGUCGAGUGUGAGAACAAGAGCCAAA